AUGAGCAAUGGGCAAGGAGGUUACAACAAAGGAUACUAUAAUUACAAGUCCAACCCAGCCAUGUCAUACCGAAACACUGAUGUUGCUAACCCUCAGGACCAGGUUUACUCUCUGGAGAAUCAUGCUUCUUCUGUUGCUGCUGCUACAAAGCAAGGACAACUACCUGGUAAAGCUAUUCAGAACCCCAAGGAACAGUGCAAGGUCAUCUUCACUCAAGAAGGACUUGUUGAAGAAGAGGAUCAAGAGAGAGUCAUUGAAGAUUUUUGUUUACUGCUGAAUGAUGAUGAGAUUGUUGCUGCUGAGGCUCCUGGAGUCCAGAUUGAUCAACCAGAAGUGCAGGCACCUACUGUGGCCUUCACACUUCACCAGUUGAGCUCGCACAACAAGCUCGAUCGGCAGCUCGAUCGAGUCAACUCUAGCUCGAUCGAGUCCGACCUCAUCUGUCCCAAAGCCGAUUUUGCUUGA